AUGCAGGAUUUGCUGCAGAAUUCUCCGAACUCAAUGACUGCAGUGGCCAACAACCCCCAGGGAAUUGUGGUCCCAGCAUCAGCGCUGCAGCCAGGGAAUAUCUCCAUGACAACGGUCAAUUCACAAGUUGUGUCAGGUGGAGCCCUCUACCAGCCUGUAACUAUGGUAACAUCUCAGGGCCAGGUGGUAACUCAAGCAAUCCCACAAGGAGCCAUACAGAUCCAGAACACACAGGUUAACCUGGAUCUGACCUCCCUCCUUGACAAUGAAGAUAAAAAGUCAAAGAACAAACGGGGAGUGCUACCGAAGCACGCUACCAAUAUAAUGCGUUCCUGGCUCUUCCAGCAUCUUAUGCACCCUUACCCGACAGAGGAUGAGAAAAGGCAGAUAGCAGCACAGACAAACCUGACACUUUUGCAAGUCAAUAACUGGUUUAUCAAUGCCCGACGGCGCAUUCUGCAGCCCAUGCUUGAUGCAAGCAAUCCAGAUCCAGCCCCCAAAGCCAAGAAGAUCAAAUCCCAGCACCGUCCUACUCAAAGAUUCUGGCCCAACUCUAUUGCAGCUGGAGUGUUGCAGCAACAAGGAGUCAAUCCUACUACCAAUCCUGAUGGCUCCUUAAUUAUGGACAAUCUGCAGUCCCUGUCUUCCGAUAAUGCUACCAUUGCUAUGCAGCAGGCCAUGAUGGCAGCUCAUGAUGACUCACUUGAUGGAACAGAAGAUGAGGAGGAGGAUGAAAUGGAGGAAGAAGAAGAAGAAGAACUGGAGGAAGAUAACGAUGAGCUCCAGACAACGAAUGUCAGUGACCUUGGCUUGGAGCACAGUGACUCACUGGAGUAACAAAGAAUUGAAGGUUCCCUUAUUUACGGUAGAGCAGAUGCCUCCCGGAAAGAUGUUUCCCUACCUAAAUCAGCAGCCUGAGGAAUUUUUAGAGGAACCCUGAUCUUUGACAUACAAGCCCCUCACAUCGCUUUAAAAAUUAUGUAUGACAAAAUCAAGUAGUGAUACCCUUACAAAGUGUCCUGCUUGCCUGCAAUACACUGCAGCUGUGGACAGGAGUGCACAUUUAAGAGACCAGUAGAAUGUGCAGGGUUAUUAUUUAAGUGAAGGACACAUGUUUACAAGGCACAUAUUGUGGCCAGUUUUUUUUGUUUGUUUGUUUGUUGGGGUUUUUUUGGUGUUGUUGUUGUUGUUUUUGAUAAGAACAAAAGUGUUUUUAGGGCAAGCUGUUUUCUGUAUGACUGAGUCUUUGAUGGAUGUUAUCAUGCAAUGCCUUUUUUUGACAUGCAGGUGAGAGGCAGGUCUGUUUUCAUUUUCACUGCAUUUAUGAAAGAUUUAUAGAUACAAAAGGAUUGAUGCUUUUUUUAAGUAAAAGAUUGUAAUGAUUAUAAAUAUCUAAAUGUAGGAAAAUCAGAGUUUGCAAAUUGUCAGAAUUUAAAACUGAACAUUGAAAGACUUUAGUGCUGGAUCCAUUUAGAUUCCUGAUUAGUACUGAUUAAAUGAAUGUCAGUUCUUCAGACUUCCAUUUCUUCCUAUACAAAGUGACAAACCCCAGGAAGUACAGAGGGGACACACACAUGUUCAUGUAAAACGGUCUGUUGAUUGGGCAUCAGACUGAGCUGUGCAGCCUUUGUAGGACAACCGAAAACUUAGAAACUUUUUAUUGAAUGUUCUGCUUGUGAUACAGUUAGUGACAUUUCUUAGGCUAUAGGUGCAAUGUCAAAUGACAAAGAAUGUUUAAAAGAUCACAAAUAUUCAGAAACUGAUCAAGAAAUGAUUGGGCAUUCUUAUGUUUUAAUGAAAUAUAAGCAAAAAAUGCUAAAUUUGCCUUGUUCAUCUGAAACGUAGUCAGGUUUCAGAAUGCUGAAAGCAAGCUCAUAUUCUGCUAUGCUAUCUCCUGGUUUUGAGAAUUCCUGGAUUGCUGAACUAGGAAAAGGUUUUUUGAGAUAGCUGAACAUGCAGUCCAGCUGGUAAAAUAUAAAAAUGCUCCUUGUGUUACUUCCAGCUCUCAUCAAUCCCCACCAACUAUCCCUCUCAUGUAAAGCAUUCUGCCGAGAGAUUGAUGAAAAGCCAACUUGAAAUAAGAUGGUCAUUUAGGCAAUGGCUACACUGCAGCAGGGAGUGUCCUUCCCAGUUUGGCUAGACAGCCAUUUGUUAGCUCUGCUCAAGUUAGUGGGCUAAAAAUAGCAGUGUAGCUGUGGUAGCAGGGAUAGUGACACAGUCUAGGCACCUGAGUACACACCCACCCAAACCUGCUUGGCACACGCUCAGGUGGCUAGCCCAAGCUGCCAUCUGUACUACCCCAGGUCCAAGUAUCUGUCUAGCCACACUGGGAAGCACAGUGCAGUGUGGACAUAGCCUUAGGCGUGUUUAAUAGCAGUAGGAGGUGUCAGAGCCAUACAAAUUUUCUUCACUGACUGAGGAAGAAAACAUUUCAUGACGCACUGGCAAAACUAAUCACAGCCAAGACUUUCCUGAGAUCAGAAACAUUUGCUGAGCUGACUAACAUAUAUACAAAUAUAAUAAACAAAUAAGAAUCAGAUUAUGGAUAUAAUCACAGAAAUGGCAACAAAGACCCUCUAGUAUUCACACAGUGGGAAGGAAAUAAACUCCCCUUGAUAGAAAGAGAUUUCACCCCAAAACAUCACUCGCACACCUCCUCUCGCCACACACUAAAUGGUAGAACUGAAUAUGGUUGUGUUAUCCAUAAAAUUUAAUUGAAUGAACUUUCAGUCCAUUUGCAGGAGAACAAUUUCAGUGACAACCCUUGGAUGGCACUAUCGUGAAGGCUGAGAAUGACUUUUAGCAAAACAACUGGGGACCUCUAUAUUUCACCUUUGAAGAGCAGUCAGUAACUGAGACUGAGGAAGGACUUCCUGAAAUGAAUGUGUUCCUCCCUACAAUGAGCAAAACUGAACGGUUUAAUAGAAAUUUGAGAAAGAAAUAAGCUUAUUUAUAAUCAGUGGUAUAGAGCAAUACGUUUUGCUUCCUUUCCAUGCCAUAAUUAGAUCACAUUUCCCCUUUGAAAAUGCAGUGGAAUUAGGGCAGCCAGAAAAUAAGAAUUCCAUUCCACACUCAAAUGACAUAUAAGAACACAAGCAAACUGAAAUUUGCACACUUGAGAGCAACCGCUCAAAAGCCAGUAGCCUGAUGCUUAAGAUACUCAGCUGUGGGUUAGAAGUUGCAGAGUCCAGGCCCUGCUCUAAUUCAAAGCAGGGAUUGGACCUGUGUCACUACAUCGUAGGUAAAUACCCUCACCAACAGGCAAGAGAGUCAGGUCUUUUCUACACUUCAAAGUUAGGACAACAUAGCUACGGUGUUCAUGGGUUUGAAAAAUUCACACACACCCCAGAACGAUGUAGGUAUGCUGAGCUAACUCCUGGGACAGAUGCAGUUAGGUGUCCUAGCUACUGCCACUCAGAGAGGUGGAUUGCUUACAGCGAUGGAAGAACCUCUUACAUCAGUGUAGGAAGUGUCACUGUCAGUAUUAUAGCUGUACUGCCGUAGCACCUGUAGUGUAGACAUGGCUGCAGUCUCUCUCAUCUGUUGGAGUCUCUCUCACCUGUUGGUAUACACAAUUAAAUGUUAAUUGGACCGGAGAGAGACUGUGUCUGUUGCCUGGCUUUCUCUCUCUCUCUCUCUUCCGAGAAAUCCCAUGCUGGACCUGAGAAACCGUCCCGUUAAGACUGAUGCAGUUCGGUGAAAAAUUUUGGUUUUGAACAUUCUGCCUUUUCGAAUAAAAAAAAGGGUUUGGCAGAUUUCCAACCAGCUGACAGCUAGGAUGGAAGCUUUUCUUUUCUGGUUCAUAGUCUUACUUAAAUAUGCACAGCCCCAACACCAGCCCAGGACUAAGGACUGUGUACCCAACUUAUUUUUGAUGGCGCUAACACACACUGAGUUUUGAGACAGUUUCAGUGAGUUUAAUGUUUUAUGACAGAGCUUGAUCCCAUUUUGAACUAUUAUUUUUCUGUAACAAUUAUUUUUGAUGGCCCCUGAACUACAGUUUCCUCUUUGCUCCUUCUUUUGCCUCUUGAGCAGUUGAGACGUUUGAUUAUCUACAACAAGGGUUGACUCCAUGAUAAUUCCUUGGGAAUUUAUUGGGCUGGCAAUGGACAUAAGGGCCUGUUUUCAAUACUGAUAUGGCGUGAAUGUAAUAUGUAAUUUCAUAGAAAUUUCAUUGUAAUCUAGUAUUAAUUCAUAUCCAUUUAUUAUAAAGUGCUAUCAGAUGAGAUUUUGCAGCUGUAUCUUAUUGUGAGUUUAUUUAUAUGUUCUUGAUUAAGGUUUAGGAAUAAAGGAUAUGAGAAAUCUAGGUCAAUGAAGGGGACCCAAUGUUACCCAAGACAUGAGUUCUCUGAACGUGAUUUUCCUUGGCAGGCUUCAAAAUUGAAAAUUGCUGUAAUUCUCAAAGGUUAACAUGUCUUAAAUUUUAGCCAUUCAUCAUAGCUACCACCUUAACUACCUGGUGAGAAUGACUGGAAGACCAGUGCUGUCUGCUUCAGAAACUGCACCAAUUCACUGCUUGAUGAAGCUGAAAAUAUUCUCAAAAUCCAGAAGUGUGGUAUAUGUCUGGACAACAGGAACAGAUAUGCGGGUCUGAAGAGUCAUUUCAGACAUUUCAUAGCCAAGAGAGCAUUACAGAUCACAUUGCUCAUACUGGGCAAGCCAUACCUUGGACUGUGAGGCCAAUGGAUUUUUAAAUAAAGUAAAAUAAAAUAAAAACAUUUUGGGAUUGCUUAGUACAUCACCUCAGGCUAAUUCAUUGCUCUUUUCCUCCUUUAAUCUUUUACUGUUGUCUUCUUUUCUUGAGGCUUCCAUGAGUACAGAAUGAAUUAGCAGCUCCAUUGGUCUUCCAAGACAUGUAGGCAGUUCCUUUCAGAGAAGAGGUUGAUGGUAGCAGAAUAUUUGCAGUAACUCCAGUCCUCCCUGCAAUUCAGCAGAAUCUAUCCUUCUGCAUUAACAGGGCAUUGCAGCCCCUCAAGGGACAUGAGAGUAGGAAGGUUUCACUUGAAUUAUAAAGCAGAGUUUUUCCAGGCAAAGGUUAAGAUGUUCUGUCCCUCCUGUCACUGGGUUUCCUCCCUGUGAGUCAGAUCUGGGACUCGUGCAACUCUUCCUCUACCUGGAGAAUCACUACCAACAGGAUCUGUGCUGGGGCCUGGGUCAGCACACCUGCACUGAGACCAGCCAUUGUGUGAUACAGCUCUUUCCUACCAAAACUGAUGGUUCUGUUGAGCUGAAACCACGUUUUUCCUCCCACCAAACUCCAUGUUAGAGGAAACUGCAGGAAAAGCAGCUCUGCAGCGUCCAUCGAAUUCCAUGCCAGGCCCAAUUUUCCAGUGGCUAGUUUAGUUCUUCUUGGUACCUUUGUCCUCCUCCUGCAGGGGCUUGGGAGGAAAGCCUCACAGCCUUUAAGCCGUUUUAGCAUUGCAGUCAGGAGUGAAUGAAGGAGGUCUUCAGGUUUCUCCUUACCUAGUGAAAGUUCCAUGAGGACGAGACGCCAUAAGGAAAAUCUGCUCUUCUUUCUCUCACUACCAGAGGGACCCUCCAGCCAGAACUUUUAGAAAACUCCCUUUCUCUCCCACCCUGCCCUCCCCCGAGUGUGCAGACAGCUGUGGCCAUAUUAUGUGCAUGCCAAACACACUGAACAUUCUGGACAAAGUCUUGCCAAUUUGCCACAGAGGAAGGACUUCCAGUACCUGACUGAUGAAGUUCUUGACUGGACAUCUCAUACCAAUAUGCUGGUACUCAGAGAGCUAUGGAAGACUGCUGACCUUAAAGGAUUUAAGUCAGAGGGACCCUGUUCUAAUUAGGACAGGCAAUGUAGCUAUCAUAAUGUGCAUCAGCAAACAGGCAAGGACACAGAGCAAGAAUCUGAAGAAAAGAGUCAAUCUGAUGUUCUGGGGAGGAUCCAAUCUGGGAAGUAUCAGUUGCACGGAACAGAGGUGGAGAAAGACCUGGAUGUAAUGGUCUAUCACAUGAUAACUAUGACCUACCAAUGUGGUGAUGCAAUGAAAAAGGCUAAUGCAGUCCUAGGAUGCAUUUGGCAAGGUAUUUUCAGGAGAGAUAGGGAAGAGAUAUUACAGUUAUGCCAGGUACUAGUGAGAUCUCAUCUGGAAUACUGUGUACAAUUCUGACCGCCUAUGUUUAAGAAAGAUGCCUUCAAGGAGAGAAGGGCUAUUAACAUGAUGAGAGGAAUGAGGCCCCUAUCUUAUGAAAGGAGAGUUAAAGAACUUGGCCUGUUUAGCUUACCAAAAUGAAGGAUGAGGUGGGAUGAUUGUGCUCUGUAAAUACAUCAGAGAGAUAAACUCUAGGGAGGGAGAGGAGUUGUUUAGGUUAUGGGCCAUUGUUGGCACAAGAGCAAAUGGCUAUAAACCGGCCAUCAAUAAGUUUAGGAUUGAAAUUAGAUGAAGGUUUCUAUCA